CUAUAAAUGGAAACAAUGGGAACCGAGUUCAUCAACGCUUUCCUACAUUCUAACAGAAAAAUGAGAAGAAGCAUGUUGAUGUUACUACUAUGCUUCCUAUUAUUCUCUCCGUUUCCACUUGUAUUCUCUGAGAGGUGUCACCCACAAGACAAGAAAGCGCUGCUCCAACUCAAGAAGGACCUAGGCAACCCUUACAUCAUAACAUCGUGGAAUGCAAAAGAGGAUUGCUGCGACUGGUACUGCUGCGUCGAGUGUGACGAGAAAACGAAUCGCGUCAUCAGCAUCGGCAUAUCGUCAUCCAUUCCAGACGCCAAUGCGUCGGGACAAAUUCCUCCUUCUGUGGGCGACCUCCCUUACUUGGAGUCCAUCACCUUCCACAAGCUCCCCAACCUCGUUGGCCCAAUCCAGCCCACCAUCGCCAAACUCGCCAAACUCAAGUCUCUCUUUAUCACCUAUACCAAUAUCUCCGGCCCAAUACCCGCUUUUCUGGGCCAACUCAAGAACCUCGAGUUGAUCAAACUUUCCUUUAACAACCUCUCGGGCCCCAUUCCGAGCACGCUUUCCCAAUUGCCUAAUCUCGGGUCCCUACAGUUGGACCGCAACAAGCUCACGGGCCCGAUCCCGAGCUCAUUUGGAGCCUUCAAGAAGCCCGGGCCAGAUCUCAUCCUGUCUCACAACCAGCUUUCAGGGCCCAUCCCUGCUUCCCUCGGCAACUUAAAUCCCGACAGGGUAGAUUUGUCAAGGAACAAGCUCGAAGGUGACGCUUCCAUGCUUUUCAGCAGCAAGAAAACGACCCAGAUACUUGACCUUUCAAGGAACAAGUUCGAGUUCGACCUAUCUCAUUUGACGUUUCCGAAGCAGAGCUUGAUAUGGCUGGAUCUCAAUCACAACAACAUUUAUGGAAACAUUCCUGUAGCAUUGACUACGGUGAAAUAUCUGCAACAAUUCAACGUGAGCUAUAAUCCUAGGUUAAGUGGUAAGAUACCGCAGGGUGGAGAAUUACAAAGAUUUGAUAAGUAUGCAUAUUUUCACACUAAGUUGUGUGGCUCCCCACUUCCACCCUGCAAAUAAGAUUAUGUAAGAGAUUAUUCUGACUUGAAUAAAAUAAAUUUCCUGCUUUAAUAAAGCAUGUCAUGAA